AAUGCAAAUGUUGUUUGGGAGCAGCCAGUUAGCUGUGACAUCAGGCAGGACCUUAGUAACUGUUAACCCAAGCACCUGGUAAUACCAUUGUUAAUCAUGUGUAGUAAAGAGACCUCAGGACUAGCAUGAGUCAUUUAUAGAGGCAGUUGGGGCUAGAAAAGAGAGAGUGAGAGAAAGAGGAGGGGGUGUGAGAUCAAAAGAGUUGAGCAGGAUGGCUUGGCAAGACAAAGCCAAGAGAUGAACAUCAUGUAUGUGAGCUAGCCUUUGGGGGGGGAAGUCAGUAUGUAUCCAGGAUCCAUAAGGUGCAACAACAGCAACACCAGCAGCAACAACCUGCCAGCACAAAACUUUGCCUCUAGCACAUCUUAUGCGGAUUACAUGGGAUUCCAUCACAUGCAAAGUAUGGACAGCCGUGGACAACCUUCAGGGGCAUGGGGAGCCCAUUAUGGCCUGCAAAGGGAGGAUUGGAAUGCUUAUGAUCCAGGACCCUCCAGCACGGUGACACCAGCACAUAUGAAUGGAUCUUCUCCCGGGCAGGUUUCUUACAGUUCUGCUGAUUACAGUGGCCUGGAUCCUGUUGGCUCAAGGGCUUUACCAUCUGUAGAUACAAUUAACACAGAGCAAAUCUCUCCACACAACCAAAGACACAGCUCUUACGAAUGGAUGAGGAAAACAGUCCAGUCCACUUCAACAGGAAAAACAAGAACAAAAGAGAAGUAUCGUGUUGUUUACACAGACCAUCAAAGAUUAGAACUGGAGAAGGAAUUCCACUACAACAGAUACAUUACAAUUCGACGGAAGUCAGAACUUGCUGCACACUUGCGACUUUCUGAGAGACAGGUAAAAAUUUGGUUCCAGAAUCGCAGAGCCAAAGAAAGAAAAUUAAUGAAGAAGAAAAUGACCAGUUUUGAUGGCAGCAGCCUUGGUUCCAUCCAGAGUGACUCUGGUUCAAUGAGUCCAAUUCCAAUGCCUGACCCACAGACUCAUUCAGAAAUAGCUGGUACUUUAUUUCCUCCACCUCCUCCUCCUCCACCACCUCCACCACCACCACCAACUCUUACAAUGAAUAGCUUACAACGUAAUGGGAAUCUUCAGCAAGUUGUGGCAUCUCAGUAAAGAUAUAUGUUUUAAGGGAGAACAGCCUACAAGAGCACUACAGUUCACAAUGGGAUCACCAAAGCUGCAUGCAAGAGAGACCUUCUAGCAUCAUCAAAACAGCUGAUUGUAACGUACAGAGAACCUUAUAUAAAGUACCAAGAACAGCAAGAGAACAGCAGAGCCUCCUUUGUCAAGCGGCCUGUGAUUGAAUGGUUAGGGUGUGAAAUGAAACUCUCUUGCCUGCAAACUUAGGGGCACAAAGCACCACACACAGAACAAUGUCUGGAAAGAGUGCUGGAGUCUACAUCUGCAGCUCUGCACUUUGCUUGAAAGACUCAAAUGCUGAGCAGUUUCUGUAAUCUGUAGUGUGUCUUCCCUCAAUGUACUUAACAAGGUGGAGCUGUUAAGACAUGUUG